UGAGACUAGACCACAACCAUUCAUACUAAUAAUAUACCUUAUCAAAAAAAAUUAUUACCGUUUUCAGAAAUGUCACUAAAAAUGCAGAUAAAUAUUCGUAAUAAAAGCGCACCUAAAUGCUAUGUCCUACCACUUUCGCCAAUAAUACAGUAAGGAUCCCUGCGGACUCCAAGGUAACAAGCUGUACACAUACUUUAAAGGAACUUACAUGCGUGUGCAUGUUCCAGCACCUAAGAAAUUAAUACAACAUUUGAAUAUUAUCAGCUGGUCUAUUUCCAAACAUGACUCAGGAGGGGAAGUCUGACAUGGAGAGAGUUGGCCUCUUUGAAGAGAUGAGCUACAUAAGCAUAGGGGACAAAUACGUCCCUGUUAGUUACAGACCUUUCAACGAGUCUGCCCAAAGGAAUAAACAAAUGCUGGCUGGGAUACCAAAGAAGAAGUGCGGACUUCAAGUUGGCUACUUUGACAGUCAGUUUGGGAGAGUUUUCGAGGGGGAGGCCUUCAGUGACCCGCUGAAGCUCCGCAGACAGUACAGGAUGCAACAGGCAAAGCGCAAUUUAGGAAAGGCUUUUCUCCCCAGCAGUGGAGAAAAGAGACUUUCGGGGGUUGGCAGUUACUACGGGACACUGAGUGGACCAAUCACCGCCGUGAGUGCACUGCAAAUUCCCAAAAAGCCCUACAAAUCACCCGGGAAGAAUAUUUUAACAAACCCAGCAAAAAAGGGAAGUGGAUAUGGAUAUCCAAAUGUAACUCUGUCCAGAUUUGAAUCCCAUUCUGCAGACCCCUAUGACAGACCAAGGGAAAUGUUAAAGAAAGAAAUUGUAGCAAACAGAGCCCUGGUGAAAGGGGGGGUCUUCCGCUUAAAUCUUCAUCCAAAAGAGUAUUUUGAGAGAAAUCCUUAUAAGCUUGAUGCACCGUUACCCCCUGUAAAAACAACAGAUAUAAAGAAGAACUUUACGGUUCCGUUCAAGCCAAGCUCACCGAGCAAAAAGAUGGCAGGCAUGAAAGCUGGCACUUUUGGCGCCUAUCCCUUGCACUCUGCAGACCCAUACAUCACCAGAAGACCAAAAGACGUAUCAACCACAAAGGAGAGGGGAAUAUUCCGCCCCUCCCCUGGGCCAAAGAGCAUGCCAGUGAAAAGCAUCCUUGACAUGAAUGUCAACAAAUCUGUAAUCACUACAGAGCAGCACUAUCAGUAAUACUAUCUUAUAAAGUGAUGUUCCAUAGGCACAAGACCCAGAUUCAGGCUCAUCCUCAACCCAGCUGACUAAUUUCAAAAGGCUCCACGCAAGUUGAGGAAGAGGAAUGUUCACGCUGGUUUAAACACAGAUCAGCUGUAGUUAUUAUUGGCAGUGAAGGGUAACAACGCCAAAGUUCUAUAAAAGAAGCAAAAUCUUUUCCUGCUGAGCAGCAUCCCAGGUCAGUUAUAGAACUUCAGCUUCAACUAGAUAAAUAUCAUCAGACAAGGUAACAUGGUGCUGACAAUGUCACCGUCAUUGUUUCCUGUGAAACCUGUGUUCAGUCAUGAGACUUAUUGUUUGUCUCAGAUUUGUUUUCAGAUAUAUCCAUUACUACAUGAAUCAUUGUUAAUUAUUGUCUGUGUACAUGUAAUAUGUAAAUGCAAAGACCAAAAUUGUAUUAUAAAGUUGCCUUCAAGUGUAAUCUAGGUAGGUCCUGCCCUUUAUUUGAGAUGACUGAGAGCAUAAUUUCCACAUUUUACACAUCUUUAAUGACUUUGAAUAAACAAAAAACUCCACCUCUGAGUCUAGUUUUAUAAUGAGCUCUUCAGGACUGUAAACAACCUAGAUUGCUCAUCAGCUAAAAUGUGGCAACAUCAUUGUCCACAUUCACCCAUUCAUCAGUUUUCUUUUCUCCAAGUUAGUUUGUGGAUUUGAAGAUUCAGCAUUCUUCAGAAUAUCCAAAAAUGGAUUAACUAUACUACUUUUGAAAUAUCAAGGAAGCCAUUUUCAAAUACAGGAGAAUUUAAAAGCUACCUCCUGGUUCUCCUGUCGUGAAUUCCAAAUUAUAUAAUCCAUUCCAAAUUAUAUAAUCCAUGGUUAAUGUAUUUGUGGAUGUAAUGUAUCAAACCAGAUUCUAUACUGAAGAAAUAAAAUGUUGGAAAUGUUGAUACAA